GUCCGGUUGAUACUCUUUUUGCUCUGUUAACAUUGCGUAUAAAUUUGUCCGUGUGACCUCUUCUACUGCUCUUGCACAAAGUCGAUCUGUCUUUUCCCUUGACCAUGUAUGGGAGUGGCGGAGACGGGAGCAACAUGUAUGGGAACAACCAAAACAUGUAUCCAAACAUGAUGGGACAACAGGGAAGCGGCAUGAUGGGAAGCCAAAUGGGCGGCCAAAUGGCGAGCCAGUUGGGCGGUCAGAUGCCCCAGACAGGACAGCAGAUGCCUCAAAUGUCCGGUCAAAUGGGUAAUCAAAUGAACCAACUGGCGACCCAGCAAGCACAACCUCAGCCCGGUAUGCAACAGCAGGGCGCCGGGAGCGGAAUGAUGUCCGCCAUGCCAGGCAUGACCGGGAUGCCAGGCAUGCCCAACAUGGGCAUGAACGCCAUGAAUACGACAGGCAUGCCUAUGGCUGGCCAGGCGGGCGCAGCUACCCCAGCUGCAGGUGCAACGGGUAUGCAGGCCAUGAACCCCGCGAUGAUGGGCCAGCAAGGAAUGAACCCGGCAAUGAUGGCUCAGCAAGGCGCAAACCCAGCUAUGGCAAACUGGCAGGCUAUGGCGGGCCAGAAUCCGCAGGCGCUAGCGAUGCAGGCCUACAUGCAGCAAUACGCUAUGCGCAUGGCCGCCUUCCAGCGCAUGGCCGCGGCCGGGGCGAUGGGCGGUAUGGGCAUGCCGGGCGCCAUGGGCGGCAUGAACCCUAUGGGUGCGAUGGGCCCUAUGGGUGCCAUGGGCCAAGGCCCCAUGGGGCCUAUGGGCAUGGCCCCAGGCAUGGCUCCAGGCAUGGGCAUGAUGGGCGCCAUGGGCGGCAUGCAGCAGGGCGGCAUGCGCGGGCCAGCCGGAGGGCAGUCGGACGGCCCCGAGAACAUGCGCUUCUGGAAGACCCGCAUCUGCAACAAGUGGAAGGACGGCAACUGUCCGUACGGCGACACGUGCAAGUACGCGCAUGGCGAACAGGACCUGCGGACACCCAACAUGGGGGAUGCCGGCAAGGCAGCGGCGGCACGUGUGGCCGCGCCCAAGAACGAGCUGGCGGACAAGCGCACCAUGAUUGAGCUCAUGCGCAAGACGCGCAUCUGUGACGAGUUCAUGAAGACGGGGGCGUGCAGAUACGGCGACAAGUGCACCUUUGCUCACGGGCACCACGAGCUGCGACAGGCGCCGAACGUGAAGGACGCGAUCACCCAGCAGCAGCAACAGCAGCAGCAGCAGGUCGUCGCUAGCGCUGGUGCGGGUGCGGGUGCGGGUGCCGGUGCGGGAGCUGCCGGCAAGGACACCAUGCACAAGACGCGGCUGUGUGAGCGCUUCAUGAACACCAACACCUGCCCCUACGGCGACAAGUGCACCUUUGCGCACGGCCACCAUGAGCUGCGCCAGCGCACAGCCGGUGCCCUCACGCCCCGCCCCGGCGGCCCCACCAACGCCACUCCCGGCGCCCUGCCCGGCCAUCAGCAACAGCAGCAGCUGAAGCUGCAGCAGCAGCAGCAGCCCAAGCAGCCCCUGUCCCUGGGACAGUCGCAGAGUCAGCUGGGCGCUGCUGCUGCUGUCGCCGGCGCAGCAGCAGUGGGUAUUAAGCGAGAGCGUGAGGAGGAGGCCACGGGCGCAGGCGGCGAGGGCCAGGGGCUGGGCGAGGAAGCGGCCAAGCGGCAGCAUCUGGAGGAGAGGGCGAACGGUGAGGGCGAGCACGAUGGCGGCGAGCAGGAGCAGCAGCAGCGGCACCAGGCUGGCCUGCAGACACAGGACUCGGCUGGUGGCGGGGAUUGGGGCUGGGGCGUCGACGGCGAUGCUGAUCCGACGCAGGAGGAGCAGCUGCAGCACCAUGAGGAGGAGGAGGAGGACGGUGAUGGUGGGGCGGGCGGAGACGGCGGUGCGCGAGAUGGUGCUGGAGGCGAGGGCGGCGAGCGGGGUGCCGGUGGCGCUUCAGGCUCCGGCGCAGCUGGGGGUGCUUCGGCGGGUGCGGCUGCGGCGGCGGGCGAUGCCGGGGCCGCUGCUGGCGGGGAGGCGGGCGGCUGCAAGCUGUGUGCCCGCAUGUUGAAGGCGGGGCGCGGUGAGAUGCUGGCGGCGGUGCAGCAGAUGCCCUCGCCCGCAGCUCAGAAGCUGGGGGCCAUGAUCCUGGGGUACGGCACGCCGCGGUUUGAGCAGCUGUGGCACAAACUGAGCUUCACGCAGCUGCAGAACAUGUUGGCGCGUGCCGAUCUGUCCGUGGCUGACCGCAUCGACCUGCUGAAGGCGGUGUGCUUCCACACGCACGCCAGCGAGGAGGAGCGCGAGCGGCUGGGCAGCCAGAAGUACAUUAGCCAGGGGCUGCCGCCGGUGGUGGCGGACUUUGUGGCGAUGGUGCUGGAUGGCAAGGAGGGCUCAGCGCAGAUGACCGAGUAUUUCGCGGCUCUGGAGGUGUGCAAGAGCGUGUACGGCGUAACGGAGGAGGAAUACUUCAACGUGUCGAGCACCAUGGCCAACCUCUUCAUGAACAUGUAGAGGGGGGAACAGUGAAACAGUGAAAGAUAGGCAGCAGUGAAGGAGCCGUGGACUGACUUCGUGCCUCCACUUUUUGUAUGCUACAAUGGGCUACUCCCUUUGAAGUCCCGUGGUCUUGAUGGUUCUUAGCCUUUACCAUGUUUGGCUGGGUGCUGGUUGGUCCUAGGAGGUUGGCGAUGAGAUUGAGACAUGGAGCGGAUGCGGGGGUUCGUGGGCGUGUCACGAGCGUCCUUUUGUCGUGGCCCUCCAAGAGUAAGUUUGCGUCUCGCUGCGCGUGUAAAGGGGAGGUGGCAGUUUGUGUGUUUGUGGGGGGGGGGCAUGUACCAGGAAUAUGCCUGGCGCGUGGGGUGAUGGUGAUGGAGGUGGUGGGUGGUGGCGCAAGCAUUGUGUGUUUGGAUAAAGUGUUCGUUCCUUACCCGGAGUCUUGCACGCUCGGCUGCAGCCGGGGUUGUGUGUAAGGGUGUGGCAACUUCGGCUGUGGGUUUAAGCGUGGUGUCUUAAUUCCUGUCUUGACAUGUGCCCUGCGUCCUUAAACGGGGGUUGUCCUGUGGCCGGCGGCAGUAGCGCCUUUGGGAUUAUUUGGGAAGGCCGCAAAGUCCCGUUAUGAAAGACCGUGCCCGUCAUUCCUUUUUGGCCUGUUUUUUCACUGCAAGGGGUUACCGUCCUGAGGAACGCUUAGUUUUGGGUUCACGUCUGGUUAAGGAUGCCUCACAGGCGGUGCGCCCUGUUUUCCAUGCUCCGUGUUAUCGUGUAGCAUGCGGGCUUGGCCGCGUGCCUUUGGGUUUCAUUGUCUUCUGUGGCGUGACUUACUUCUGGCAAUGGGGCAUUUCUUUACGUGUCUCAUGAUGUUAUGAUUGGCCGGUGAUGCGACAGUGCUGAUGGCGAGUGAUGGGGGUAGCUGAUCUAGCGCGUUGGACAGUGCGUUUGGGAAAGAAGGUGCCUAUGAGGUGCUUUUCUGGGCUUUCGGGCAUUUGGCAAGUAGUCAUUCUGGGGUAUGUAUAAUGGAGUUGUCUCAUCGGUCUUGAAUUAUGUGAUGUGGUUUUGGAGCCGUAAAAGCGUGCCUGAUCCGUCGUGUGUUGUUGUGUUCUCGUGUGUGG